AUGUCUUCAGAUACUGUCAUGUGGUCAGAUUCUGAUUCAGUUACUCCCCAAGGUUUCAAUUCUGAAGAUGGCACAAUGACGGUUAUUCAGAUGUCAAUCCACUCAGAGCAAACAGACCAUACCUUCCCUGACAACAUAUCAGAGCCCCCUGCUGCAGAGCCUUAUCCUCUCGCUCAACCAGAACCCUCUGCUCCUAUAACAGAACCUUCUGCUGCCCAACCAGAGCCCUUGCUCCACAAUCCACAGCCCUCCUCUUCUCAACCACAGCAAGACUCCUCUGCUCUUCUCAAAACCCCAGAUCAAUCUCCUACCAAACCCACACCCCCUGCCACAGCUCUGAGGAAACCACGGACCUCGGUUCAUUUGGAAGAAACAGAUUUUCACUCCAAUAGCAAUUCAGACGCUGAAUCAGUUCACCAUUUUGCCGGUUUUGAGGGCAAUCCUCAUGAAAAUGAAGCUCAAGAGGCAGGAGAGAGUCUUCCCCAACAGCCUCCAUUUGUUAAUCCUCCCCAACAGUUCCAGAACCCUCUGCCUACAGACUUACGCCUAAGCUAUCUUCCAAUCAAAAAGCCCUCAGAAUACAACCUUGACUCUUGGUCUUUAUCCAUCCUCCCUGGUCAUCUCACUUCUUUCCUCAGAGAUAUAACAACUGCCACUCUUGCUCAUCACAACCUGGCUAUCCAAGAUCAUAAAGACUUUGGAGAAAAUACCUAUGUCAGCACUGGCGGUUGCGCCAUUCGCAUGCCUCCCGGCUUCAAGCGCCAAAUUCUAGACAUUCUCUGCAAUCAUUUGGACAUCAUCGCACAUAUGGCCAAAAAUCCUCAAGUCCUCACUGUAGGCUCUCCCUCCUGCACAUUGCAGAUGCUCCAAUUUGCCUUUGUCAUGGCCCACAUCCCUACCCUUCGCUUGUGUGCUUACGGAAUAAAUUCCCCCACUCACUUCCUAGAGACAAACAUUGGCUCUGGUGUCCCACAUGCUUUUCAACAUCAAAACCACUUUGAUAUUUCCACUAUUGCCCACGCCAUCAAAGCAACAUCUCAAAAAGACAUGAAGUGUGCUCCUACAACCUGCGCUACCGCAUCUUGGAUAGGAAAUUGA